GAGCCGACUGGGUGGAGCUUCGUGGGCAAUGUGGGGGUUGCGUUUGAGGCGGUGAAGAGGUCUUCAUUGAGGAAACAAGUCCUUUGCUCCCAAGAGAAGGACUCCCAUGAGCUUGUGUCGCAACUCGGGACAGACAUUGUUAUUUAAAAAUGGAAGAGGAUAUAGGUUAUAGAAUCAGCUUUAGUUCUUUGUGCUUCAUUAAUGAUCAUAUUGGAUUUCAUGGCACUAUAAAGAACUCACCAAGUGACUUUAUUGUUAUUGAGAUUGAUGAACAGGGACAAUUAGUUAAUAAAAUCAUUGAUGAACCUAAUUCUAAGAUUAGCAAAAUACCACUUGAGCCAAAUAAUUUUGCCAAAAAACAAAAACUAGAUCUUCAAGAUUCAUCCUCUGAAGAUGGAAGUAACCAAGAAUCUACUACUUUGAUGAAGUGUUCCAGUGGUUACCAAAAUCAUCAGUCUGCUUUAGGAAAGGAAGAUACCGUCAGUGAUGGAACUUGCAAAUGUGAAGAUAAAGCUGAUGUAUUAAGUUCCAUUUUAGAUGAAAAAACAAAUGAAUUACUGCAUCAGUUUGCCUAUGAUAUAAAAGAGAAGUGGAAUUCUAAAACUGAGCUAAUUGGACCAUCUCCUGAAUUCUCAUUAGGCAGAAUUCUUGACAAAAGCCAGAGGGCUAUUUUACAUAGUGCUAUUAGACAGAAAUAUCCGUUUUUAAUAACAGUAGGAAAAAAUAGUGAAAUUGUUGUAAAACCAAAUCUUGAGUAUAAAGAACUCUGUCAGUUGGUAUCCCAAGAAGAAGCUUUUGAUUUUUUUAAAUAUCUAGAUGCUAAGAAAGAAAAUUCCAAGUUUACCUUUAAACCAGAUACAAACAAAGACCACAGAAAAGCUGUCCACCAUUUUGUCAACAAAAAGUUUGGGAACCUCGUGGAAACCAAAUCUUUCCCUGAACUCAAUUACAAUUCUGGCAGUUCAAGUUUAGUAGUAACAGUAAGAUUUCGUGAAAAAGCACAUAAUCACAGGAAAAGGUCUCUUCCUGAAUGCCAGGAAAGAAAAGUGAUACAUACAGCUUUUACUCUACGAAAGGAAAAUCUGGAAAUGUUCGAAGCAGUUGGUUUUUUAGCUAUCAAACUUGGUGUGAUUCCUUCAGAUUUUAGUUAUGCAGGCCUUAAAGACAAGAAAGCCAUCACCUAUCAAACUAUGGUUGUUAGAAAAGUGACUCCAGAAAGGUUAAAAAAUAUUGAAAAAGAAAUUGAAAAGAAAAGAAUGGUUGUGUUUAAUAUUCGAUCUGUAGAUGAUUCCCUUAGACUUGGUCAGCUAAAAGGAAAUCACUUUGAAAUUAUUAUCAGAAAUUUAAAAAAUCAAACAAAUGAUUCUGCAAACCUGAGAGAGAGAAUUUCGGAGGCAAUAGAAAAUGUUAAGAAUAAAGGCUUUGUGAAUUAUUAUGGACCACAGAGAUUUGGGAUGGGAAGGAAAGUUCACACAGACCAAAUUGGACUGGCAUUGCUGAAGAAUGAAAUGGUGAAGGCCAUAAAAUUAUUUCUUACACCAGAAGAUUUGGAUGAUCCUGUAAAUAGAGCAAAGAAGUAUUUUCUUCAAACUGAGGAUGCUAAAGGCACACUUUCAUUGAUGCCCGAGUUCAAAGUGCGUGACAGAGCGUUGUUGGAGUCACUGCAUCGCUUUGGCAUGACAGAGGAAGGUUGUAUCCAGGCAUGGUUUUCUUUUCCCCAUUCCAUGCGCAUAUUCUACAUUCAUGCCUAUAGCAGCAAGAUUUGGAAUGAGGCGGUAUCAUACAGACUUGCAACCUAUGGAUCAAGAGUUGUGGAGGGUGAUUUGAUCUGUUUGGAUAAAGAUAUUAAUGAUGAGCAUUUUCCAAAUAGUAAAGUUCAUCUGGUAACUGAAGAAGAAGAAGAAUCUAAUGCAUAUGCAAUUCAUCAGGUGGUUCUUCCAGUACUUGGAUACAAUAUUCAGUACCCAAAGAACAAAGUAGGACAGUGGUAUCAUGAAAUACUUAACAGAGACGGACUACAGACAUGUAGGUUUAAAGUACCUGCUCUGAAACUGAAUAUACCAGGAUGCUAUAGACAGAUAUUGAAACAUCCUCAUAAUCUCUCAUACCAACUAAUGGAAGAUCAUGACAUGGAUGUGAAAACAGAAAGUUCCAACAUCACUGAAACAGCUUUAUCUCUUUUGAUUUCUUUUGAUCUUGAUGCUUCAUGUUAUGCUACAGUUUGUCUGAGAGAAAUAAUGAAGCAUGAUGUUUAAUGAUACUCUUGAUGUAUUGGGUCAUCAGAAAAGUCAUGACACAUUUUGCAUAGAGAACUCAUGACUUAUCUGAUGACCCACUAAUCGUGUAUGUCACUCUUUGAAGGAAAGAGAGCUGAAAGUUCUCGAGCACCUACUAUGUUAUGUGCCAGGAGUUUCAAAAUUGUUCCCCCUUUAAUUUUUGGAGCAUCCUGAGAAAUUGGAAUUUGAUGCUGUAACAUUUCACAGGACAAAUAGGUAGAAAGUAUCAGGGUAUGAAUUUAAGAUCUGCUGACUCCAAAGCCUAUGAUCUUUUAUGAUUCAGUGACCUUUAUGUCAUAAAAGUUAAAAUCUUUUUAAACCAUAAGAAACAUACAAUACUUCAAGAUAACAAUUUAAGAAACUAU